UAAUGGUUCAGGCUAAACAAGUUCACAUUCCUGCUCAUAGUAUCGGUGCCUUUUUUGAGAUGGGUGAUGUGCGGGCUCAGCUGACCCCGGAGACUCCAGGCCGCGUCCAUGUCCUCAAUCCCUUUGAGAGUCCAAAUGACUAUUGCAGCUUACAUGAGCCAUUUGUCUCCAGCCCAACAGUGUUCAAGCCUACGAAGUCUUCCGCAACUCCACGACAGUUCAGAUGGUCAAUUGAUCAGCUCGCAGCAAUAAACCCUGUUGACAUUGACCCUGAGGACGUUCAUCGACAAGCCUUGUAUUUAAGCCAUGCCAAGCUAGACAAAGAAAUAGAAGAGAGAAGACAAAAGGCUAUUGAAGAGUUUUUCACCAAAAGGACAAUUGUUCCAUCGCCAUGGACACAACAUGAAGGAAAGCAAGCUGCUCAGUUUCAUUCCACAAAAUGUGUUGAUAUAAAUGAGUCUCCUCUUGCAAGAGAGCAAGUUGUAACCCCUGGGAAAAGUACAGUUGCAUGCCAAACACAGUUAUCAUUACCAGCUGACUUUGACAUUGAAAAAGUUCUAGGUGAAUAUUUUCGGACAGAGGAAAAUGCAGAUCAGUCACAGGAGAACUUGAGCUCCUCAUCUCUUAGAAGAAAAUUGUUUCUGGAUGGACAGUUCAAUGGAUCAGAGUGUUCAUCCCCAAGCUCUCCUGCGCCAGGAUCUUACGAAGCCCCUCCAGCUUCUCUAGGCGUUCUUUGCUCGAUUGAUUUGUCUCCGGUCCGUUGUAGGAGUCCUAUGCAGACACCUAGUUCGGGUCAGUUUUCUUCAAGCCCAAUCCAGGGUGGAAGAAGAGCAUAUAGCUUGGGGAGUAUAGAGAGUCCUACAUUCUUUGAAAAAUCACCUAUGAGAGAGAUGUCACCAGCAUUCUCUCCUAUCUCUUCUGCACUGGGACGAACUCCAAUGGCAGAACAGAAGAAGCUGUCUUUCCCAUCACCAGAGGCUCUUUCUGCUUCAAAGUCCAUGGUUAACUCUUGCACUGCAAGUCCUUUAAUUGAAGGCUGCUCUCCCAUCAGAAGUGUAUUUCAGAUUAAGGCAAAGUCCUGCAGGGAGAGUGCACAGUAUAGGACUUCCCUUUUUCAGAUACCAUUUACCAUUGAACGUUUGGAAGAGAAGGAAAACUCUCCACCCACACCCUUGUCCUUACCUAAAGGCAGUAUUGUGUUACAACUUCAGAACAUGGAUACUUUCUCCCCCACUGCUCACAUCAUAGACUCUGUGGAAAGUUUAUCUCCUAAGCUGUGCACGCAGCAGAUGAUGGUUCAAGCUACAGAGGAACGAAAAGAGAAUGAUACUGUGGAAAUGGUGGAUCCUGCGGAGAGUGAAGAUGAUCAUAUUUGGGUUAAGGAUGCGGCAGGAAAUAACACUCCAAUGACGAGUUUCAUGACUUGUAAUACAUUUAGUGUUGAGACGUCUCACAUGUGCAUGUCUCCUUUAGCGGAGAGUAGUGUAAUUCCUUGUGACAACAGCAGCAUCCAGGUGGACAGUGGUUACACAACACAAACAUGUGUCUCCAGUUUGAUGGAUGGAAUUGGCACGGAUGGAGUUUACAAGGAAAAUGAUGCUCAAGCUUGUGAAAACCAGAAUGGAUCUCAACAUAUAAAAACAAAGGACUUUUUGACAAUGGACGUCAAAGGACAUAGACUACUAGAACUAGAGUCUCCAGACCGUGACUGUCCUCUUAAAACUCACAAAACACAUCCUGCACUUCACUCUGGGACCUGGAAACUCAGCAGUGACCGACUAUAUAACAGAUUAAACAAGAACGUACGUCUCCAGAGUCCACAGCAACCCAUGGAUGGAAAACCUGUAUCACAUUUUUAGCAAUACCUGUGGUUCUGACAAGACAAAUGGCUUAUGUUCCAGAAUUCUGUGAAUACUGAACCUCCAAAUGUGAAGAUGUGGUGUGUGACCACUACUCGAAAGACUUAUUUAUUAAAGAGAUGCCCCCAUUUGUUGUUCUUCCGCAUCGAUUUGAUAAUGAGGUUAAGAUAUUUUAUUUCAGACAAGUUCCUGUAUGCACACCUUGCUGCUAUGUUUACAGUUGUAGAUUUUAACCUUGCUUCUAGUCCUAGCAUUUGCGUUCCCGUUUUGAUCAUUCCCUUUUGACCACUAGACACUACUUUUUAUCCUGGGCUUCUCGACAGGAGGCAGUAGAUGGUAACACAUUGCUUAGUCUGCUUAUUUCACCAUGAUUGAGGUGUGCUUGGCGGUAAACAAUAGAUGCCCAUAAUUGUGCCAUUCCUUAAAAUGCGUUAGAGGCAAGAAGCAUCUACCAGCAUAACUCAUACCUGGAUACUGAUGUCCAUCUUUUGUAAGAACGAGCCACUGUUCAUGGCCUUCUGCUGUUCUUGUUAUACUGACAGCCCUGUGUACAUUUAAUGGCUACUGCAGGUAAUGUAAAAAUGUAUAGGCUGCGUUCGGUGGUGGUGGUGGUAUAUUUUUUUUUUUUUGGGGUGUAUAAAAUGAAGCAAAAAAAAAAUCCUAAAUUUUUCGUUUCUACAGCUCUUGUGCAGACAUGAAACAAACUGUGUGGUCUGAUCCUGCAGGCAUAUUCCCUCCUAUAUGCCCUCUACUUCUGUAUAAAUGUAUGUUGGCACAAAUGACAGAAGGUAUGAAACUGUAGGAUUACACUAUAGAACAGUGGUCUCC